CGAUACUUCCAGUACUAAUAAAUAAGCUACAAACUGACGAACCCAGCCUGGCCCCACUUGACUCUAUCAUCUCGCUAUGACUACUGCGACCACCGAAAGAAGUUUCAACGUUAGUGACGCACUCAAGCUAACUGGAAGAGUUUGCGUAGUGACCGGUGCAGCCAGUGGUAUGGGAUAUGAAAUUGUUCGCGGAUUUGCACAGUCGGAUGCCCGUGGAAUCGCUAUGAUCGACAUAAACGAUGACCUUGGUGAAAAGGUCCGUGGCGAGCUCUCAGCAGAAUUUCCCAACGUAACAUUCAAAUACUACCAUUUGAAUAUCAGUGAAUAUGAAGAUGUACAAAAAAUCUAUGCACAGAUUGUUGAGGAUUUUGGCGAAAUAAAUGUGCAAGUCAGUUGCGCCGGAAUAGCAGGCUAUACCGCCGCCGUCGAUCAUACACCCGAGACUUGGCAUAAAGUAUUGAAUGUCAACUUGCACGGAACCUUUUGGACGGCACAGGCUGCUGGCAGACAAAUGAUUAAGCAGAACAAAGGCGGUUCAAUCAUUAUCAUUGGUUCAAUUUCAGCACAUGUUGUGAAUCGACCGGAUUUCCAACCCGGGUUGAGCAAUUACUGUAUUUCCAAGGGCGCUUGCGUGCAAAUGGCCAAAGUACUGGGUGUGGAAUGGGCGCAACACAAUAUCCGCGUUAACAGUCUGUCACCUGGAAAUAUGAAGACUCCUCUGGCUCCUACCGACGAGAAGUCCAUCAACUUUUUCAAUCACUACACCCCCCUUGGUCGCAUGGGUGCAGCAUGGGAAGUAGCUGGUGCAGCUGUAUAUUUGGCCAGUGAUGCUUCCUCUUUCCAAACCUCCACCGAUAUUCUGGUUGAUGGUGGACUUGUACAUUGGUAAAUUUGGACCGACCAACACAUGUAAUAAAAACAAAACGCAAAAUAAGACAC